AUGACUCCCCCGGCCCGAGGACGGGGGACUAGCCAGCGCAGCCCGACUGUCUUGGUCACAGAUUCCCGAGACCAGCAACAACCCCAAACACCCCGUCGGCGCCGCUCGCCCGCAACCCGAUUCAUCACCGUCGACAACGUCCUCCAAUAUGCCUCUGACGUCCCUUCAAUGCAGCAGCGCGGCCCACCACCCAUCUCACGGUCGCGUCGUCUUGCCUCCGCAGCUGGAGGCUUAAUAACCAGCGCAGGCAGUAGCAGUUCAAGCGCGGUGGCAGCAUCUGGCGGCACGAUGAGCCGACUUGCGGCGCAACCGCGUCUCCCGCCUCGAACGACAAAAGUCAGUGAGAAGCUGGUUCUUCUGCCUGAUACCGGCGAACUGGAGGAGGGCGAAACCGAAGAAGAAGAUGACGAUUCCGAUGGUGCGGACCUCGUAGACGAGGAGCUUGUCGCGCGUCUAUCCAAGGAGAAAAAUGUCGACCCGGAAAGGAUCAGACACCAAUUGCUCAUGUCAAAGCGACGUGGAGGUGAUUUCGACGUCGAUAAUGAUCUGGCCCCUCUGUUGGCCCAGGAAGAAGUCCUGAAGAAACGCCGUGUUGCGCCCGAGCGCGCGAAGAGUUAUGCUGAGCGGUUACCGAAAGCGCGGCGGACGGAGAAGCUUGCACGUGUUACGGCCUAUUGUACGGCUCAAGCGUAUAAGAUGGGAUCACUUGCUGCUUUUGUUAAGGAGCAGCAUGGUGGGCGGACGAAGCUUUAUGAUGAUUGUCUGUACACCGCGUAUCAUCUCCCUCUUUUGCCGGGCCAUGAGGGGUAUCGUUUGCGAAGUAGCCCCGUGUUGAAAUACCCCGGUGGCAAGUCGCUUUUGGAUGAGGAGAUUGAGCGGAAUGAACUUCGUGAUUAUCAUGAUGAGUACAUGCUUGAGACGGAGGAGCAUUCCGUUGGUGGACACAAUCGUCCAGAGGAUGAGCAUCAUUAUGAAGGCUCGCCACGACAGUCUGAUGGUCAUGAUCAUGAUGCCUGGGAGGGAAAUCGUGAGGAUUUCUUGAAUCGCAUCACCGAGGAAGCUCGUAACCACGCCAAUGAGCAUGAGCAUGCUGCGAGUUCUGGCGAAAGUGUCGAUGGGUUACAGCGUAUCCCGCAACUCCCGGAAUCAGGCAGCAACCAAGGAUCCAGGAAAUCUUCGCCUGAGCCUGCAGUUCGUCGCCGAAGGCACAGCACGGAUGACACUCAUGCUUUGAUUCGAGACCGUCCUUCCCUGCCAGCCACUACACCCUCCUCGUCCUCAGCGCCACCGCCCUCCACCCCACAAGCUCCAGCUCGGACGUUAUACAAUGUUGCUGAGAUGUUCGUCUUCAGUUAUGGCGUUGUCGUGUUCUGGAACUUUACUGAGCGACAGGAGAAAGACCUGCUGGCAGAUCUGGCCUUUGCGACGUCAUCGGCAACUGGUAUCCCUACUCCGCUGGCGACGAUGCCUCUUGAUGAGGAAGACUUUGAGACAGAAGAGUUCCAUUUCGAGUAUUCGACCGAGAUCUCGCGCCCGCGAGUCUAUAACGAUAUGAUCACCCUUCGCAGUGGCGACCACAUGAUCAAGCUCGCUAUUAGCCAUGGUAUCUCGCAAAGCACUAAACUGUGCUUCUUUGAGGAAGUCAUGGCCCGACAGAUGGCGGACGCCAAAGACGUUCCCAGACGUCUUGCAGUUUCAGGCCAACUGGGCAUGAAGCGCGAAGAGGUCUUCCGGAUCCUAGGUCGAUUGUUUAAAAGUCGUGUUGAGGUCAACCUUUCCUCUAAUAUGCUCGAUGUCCCCAACUUCUUCUGGGAGAGCGAGCCAACCCUUUACCCGCUCUACAUCGCCGUGCGCGAGUAUCUGGAGAUCAAACCACGUAUCCAGGUCCUCAACGAGAGAUGCCGCGUAUUCCUUGAUCUUGCAGAGAUCCUGUCCGACUCAAUUGCCGACAACCGCACUUCCCACCAAACCUGGAUCAUCAUUGUCCUCAUCAUCAUUUCAAUCAUCGUUACACUUUCCGAAGCCUUCCUCCGCUUCGGCCUCCUCCAUGCAAGCCAGGGUGCCACUGGUACACCCGCCAGUAUCUUAGCCCGUGUCAUGGGCCGAUCUGUUACACCCUCUCCAUCCCCAGAGUGGUACCCGUACUCCGCCGCCAACGCACCACCAGGCUGCAUCUGUCCCUCUGUUGGCCCUGCGGGUCCUGGCUCGGAUAUGGGUGUUAGUGGAAUGAUGAGGUACUAA